CCAGAUCUUUCUCUUCCUCAUCGCCGUCACUCUCUGGCCUUUGAUCGUUACCCGGAUACAUUUUCCGUCGGAAACAAUGGCUGGUCGAGGCAAAACCCUAGCAUCAUCCGGAGCAGCAAAGAAGGCCACUUCAAGAAGUAGUAAGGCUGGUCUACAAUUUCCCGUCGGUCGUAUCGCCCGUUUCUUGAAAGCCGGUAAGUACGCUGAGCGUGUUGGUGCUGGAGCUCCUGUCUACCUUGCCGCCGUCCUCGAAUAUCUAGCAGCAGAAGUGCUUGAGUUGGCUGGAAACGCUGCAAGGGACAACAAGAAGACGAGAAUCGUGCCGAGACAUAUCCAAUUGGCCGUAAGGAACGAUGAGGAACUAAGCAAGCUUCUAGGUGAUGUGACAAUCGCUAAUGGAGGUGUAAUGCCCAACAUCCACAACCUAUUGCUUCCGAAGAAGGCACCCGGUUCUUCUAAGCCAACUGGUGACGACGAUUAGAACGAGAAAGUUGCGUAAUUCACAUCAAAAGCUGGUUUGUUCUGUUGCGGUUAGGAUAUCAAUUUAGGGUUUGUUAUCGGAUCGGUGGUUGUUUGAAUUGUUAGGGGUAGGAUUUUAACUAGUUAAUAUGUUUAUAUAUGUUAAAUUUAAUGAAAAAUCUAUUUUGUUC